GCGGAACCCACGGACGGAGGAAUGAACGGAUGAGAGUUCUUUAAAGAGAGACGAGAGGAAGACACGCGCUCUCCUCCCAACCGGGGACGGUUACGGGACCGGACAGACAGACAGACAGACGGAGAGACAGACAGGCUCGAUGGCGCGUCAUCAGCCCCGGCGGACGGCUCGGUGAUGAGGGGAGUGGAACUCCACGGUGCAGCAGUGCGUAAAGUCAUCGCUCGGUUGGUUUAGCUUUUUUCCUUCUUUUUCUAAUUUUAUUUUCUUGAACACGUUCUCACGUUGCUUCGGGAGAUUCUCGUCAAACAACAGAAGAACUUGGGAGUCGGACAUUGGUUGCAGUGAUUGUCCAUCAUCAGGCCUCCGUCAGCCGCGCGGUUCGGCUGGAAAAGCUUUUAGAAAAAAGCGCAGGAAGAACCCUCUGGCACAAUGUCGAGGAUGCUCCGAGAGGGCGCGAAGACCCCAGAGCCCGCAGCAGCAGCAUGACUGGCAGCCCUGAGACACCGGAGGACACGGGGGACAAGUGGAGCUGAGAGAAGCUUUUUUAUCAAAGGGACAUUUUUAACCGGACGCAAUGCGUGACAUCUGGGUUUUAUCCUCGGCUUCUUCGACGUGACACUGUCUGUGCGCCUCUGUGCCCCCCCAGUGCGCCGGGACGCUGCGUCUGCCUCUGCUGUUGAACUGGAGCACAGGUGGAACCCGCAGGGUCAAAACACCGAUUGAAGAGAGUUCAAGAGGUUGUUUUUAGUGCGAGGAACCCCCCCCAGCCCUGCUGCUCUUCAUAACGCCAUGGAUGACUCGGGGAUAAUCCGGCGCCGGAGGCUGCAGAAGGAUUUGCCCCUGCCUCGCAAGAACAGUUGCCGUACGAGCAACAGGAAAAGUCUAAUCCUGACCACCACGUCUCCCACGCUGCCUCGGCCCCACUCUCCUCUCCCCCUUCCCGGACACAUCGGAAGCAGCCCUCUGGACAGCCCGCGGAACUUCUCACCCAGCAACCCUGCACACUUCUCCUUCGCCUCCUCCAGAAGAGCGGACGGACGACGGUGGUCUCUGGCGUCUUUGCCGUCUUCUGGAUAUGGGACCAACACUCCCAGCUCGACGUCCUCCAGCUCCUCUCAGGAACGGUUGCACCAGCUGCCCUUCCAGCCCACCAUGGACGAGCUCCACUUCUUAUCCAAGCACUUCGGCAGCACCGAGAGCAUCACGGAUGACGACGGCGGGCGCUGCUCCCCCCACAUGCGCCCACGCUCCCGCAGUCUCAGCCCAGGACGUUCUUCUUCCUGCUACGACAACGAGAUAGUCAUGAUGAACCAUGUGUACAAAGAGCGCUUUCCAAAGGUGAAACACACAAAAUUAAAUGUAGGCUCGACUCACGUCUUGAAGAAGCUUCUCCAGGUUCUCCUGCAGCUCGAAGAAGUAGACGGAGGUGAUGAGGCCCUCCUGGGAUUUGGUCAGGCAGUCUCUGGACAGCUCAGCUAUCUGGUGGUGGAUGAAGCUGAGGACCCCGUCGGCCAGCGGGAGCACGUUUUCAGGAGAGAAACACUGGAUGAACUCGUCUCCCGGACCGCCAGGCUUCUGGAGUGUCUGGAGUUUAAUCCAGAGGAGUUCUACCAUCUGCUGGAGGCGGCGGAGGACCACGCCAAGGAGGGUCACCUGAUGAAAACCGACAUUCCUCGUUACAUCAUCAGCCAGCUGGGACUGACCAGGGGCCCUAUCGAAGAGAUGGUGCACCUCGAUAGUUACGACAGCGAGGGGCCGCUGACCCCCGAAACAGAUGACUCGACAGAGGUGAGAUCCCCAGAUUGUGGAGACUGUGCGACUCUGCUGAAGAACAUCGGGGCUCUGCCGGUGGAAAUGGCUCGCAUGUACUUUGCAGAGACGGUCCUUGCACUGGAGUACUUACACAACUAUGGCAUUGUGCAUCGAGACCUCAAACCUGACAACCUUCUGAUUACCUCCAUGGGCCACAUCAAGCUCACAGACUUUGGCCUCUCAAAGAUGGGUCUGAUGAGUCACAACAACUUGUAUGAAGGACACAUAGAAAAGGAUACUCGGGAGUUCCUGGAUAAACAGGUGUGUGGAACUCCGGAGUACAUCGCCCCGGAGGUGAUUCUUCGUCAGGGGUACGGGAAGCCGGUGGACUGGUGGGCCAUGGGCAUCAUCCUGUAUGAGUUCCUGGUGGGCUGUGUUCCUUUCUUUGGAGACACGACAGAGGAGCUGUUCGGCCAGGUCAUUACAGAUGACAUAGUGUGGCCAGAAGGGGACGAGGCUCUCCCUCUUGACUCCCAGCACCUGAUCUCCUCCCUUCUACAGACCAAUCCACUGGUUCGACUGGGCACAGGUGGUGCUUUUGAAGUGAGGCAGCACUCAUUCUUCACAGAGGUGAACUGGAACAGCCUGCUCAGACAGAAGGCCGAGUUCAUUCCCCACCUCGAGUCCGAGGAAGACACCAGUUAUUUUGACACGCGGUCGGAGCGCUACCAUCACGUGCAGUCGUACGAUGAGGAGGAUACCAACGACGACGAGCCUGUGGAGAUACAUCGCUUCUCAUCCUGCUCCCCUCGCUUCAGCAAGGUCUACAGCAGCAUGGAGCAUCUGUCCCAGCUGGAGCAUAAAACCCCUGGCGUGACUCUACGGGAGCACAAGGCCCCCAGGGAGGACCGAGUGGCCAAGAGGGAAAGCCUGGGUAGCGUCACCCUCAGGGACAAGAGCUGGAGGACAGGAUCGCCCGAGAUGAAGCGCUUUUCCUGCUCCGAGUCCUCCUUCACCGAGAGCGACUACAGCCCGCCGUCCGGGGCUCGAAGACGCUUCUCCGCCCUCAUGGACACACACCGCCUGGCCUCCCCGCUGGAAGUGGACUCUGAGCUGCCGGUCCCCAGCAGGCAGGCUCCAGUGAAGGCCAGAGGGACUUCCCUGGAAGGAGCCAUGGGGCCCAUCCCCUCUCAAGGAGACCUGAGAACUCUCCUUAAAGAUAGCAACGGGCAGGCAGCUGGAGACAAGUUUUUGAGACCCGCUGAUGCGCCGCUGCCUCCUCCAGGCAGUGGUGCUGCUCCCCAGGGGCACCGCGGGGCCACCACGGACCUGGUGCUGCGCAGGGUUCGCCACCAGCAGCUCUCAGCUGAAGGAGAGAAACGUAACUCACGGACGGGAACCAAAGUUAUCAAAUCUGCAUCUGCUACAGCUUUGUCUGUCAUCAUUCCUGCAGUGGAGCAACAUGUUGCUUCCCCGCUAGCGAGCCCCAUGUCUCCUCGCUCCGUCUCGUCCAACCCGUCCUCCCGGGACUCUUCUCCCAGCAGAGACUACUCCCCCAUGGUCAACGUCCUGCAUUCUCCAAUCACCAUCCACCGCUCGGGGAAGAAGUACGGCUUCACUCUCCGAGCCAUCAGGGUCUACAUGGGAGACAGUGAUGUUUACAGCGUGCACCACAUUGUCUGGCAUGUGGAGGAUGGAGGCCCCGCCCAGGAGGCGGGACUGAGUGCUGGUGACCUCAUCACUCAUGUAAACGGGGAGUCAGUCCAUGGUCUGGUCCAUACAGAGGUGGUGGAACUGAUCCUAAAGAGUGGGAACAAGGUGACUGUUACAACUACUCCAUUCGAGAACACAUCGAUAAAAGUGGGUCCUGCCCGCAAGUCCAGCUAUAAAUCCAAGAUGGCGCGACGCAGCAAGAGGACAGGAGCCAAGGAAGGACAAGAGAAGAAGCGCAGCUCCCUGUUUAGGAAAAUCACCAAGCAGUCCAACCUGCUCCACACCAGCCGGAGCCUCUCCUCUUUAAAUCGCUCUCUUUCAUCUGGAGACAGUCUCCCAGGCUCGCCCACCCACAGCCUCUCCGCCCGCUCGCCCACUCAGACGUACCGCUCCACUCUCGCUGAGUCCCCUCACCUGGGCGCGUCCUCCCAGAGCAGCUCCCCAGCAUCCAGCACCCCCAACUCCCCGGCAGCCUCUCACCACAUGAGGCCCAGCUCCCUGCACGGCCUCUCCCCCAAACUCCACCGCCAGUACCGCUCCGCGCGCUGCAAGUCUGCCGGCAACAUCCCUCUCUCCCCCCUGGCUCACACCCCGUCCCCGACCACCUCGUCUCCCCCGCCUCUCAGUGGCCACACGGUGGGCAGCUCCAACACCACGCAGACCUUCCCCGCCAAGCUGCACUCCUCGCCUCCCGUCGCACGCCCCCGCCCCAAAAGUGCCGAGCCGCCCCGGUCUCCCUUGCUGCAGCGCGUGCAGUCGGCGGAGAAGCUCGGCGGGCCGAUUUUGCCUUCCUCCUCUUCGUCCUCGUCGUCGCCCUCUCCUCUGACGGGCGGGGUGUCGCUGAGGAAGCACAGCCUGGAGGUGUCGCACGGGGACUACAGGAGAGAUUCCUUCCACUGUGAGCACAGUCUGCAGAGUCUGCUAGAGAUAGAAGGAGAGAACGGACCCGCUCCUCCGUCUCCUUCAUCCUCUUCCUCCCCCUCUCCUCCAAUGGGAGGGGAGAUCGGGAGCCUGAAGCCCGCCAGGAGGAUGGGAAGGCAGGAGUCGCCGCUCAGCCGGGACACCCUGCUCCCGCCAAGAGAGAAAGAUACCCAGACGGCAGCGUCCGAGCUCACCGGAGCGCAAACCGCGAGCACGGCUUCUAAAGCCGAGUCCAAGAGCAACGCUGUGGACACGUGCAAAACUAAACCCGCCGCUGAGGAUCUAAAACAUAACGCAUGUGUCGCAGAAGUGAAGUCGAGUCCGGCGCUGGUUUCAUCCGCUUCAGAAGCCAAGUCUCACAAAGUAAUGGAUUCGAGUUUGGAGGCAACAACCCUCUCCAAGAAUAGUAAGAGAACGUCUACAUCAGUGAGCCCGCAGCAACAAGACCGUAAGCAGCAGAGUGUGCAGACAGAGAGUGGACCUGCAACCAAAGCUCAGGAAAAGACUGAGGAGAAAGGGAAAGGCGCUACAGAGAAAGGAAGCGAGCAGAGAGCAUCAUCUGCAGAGCAGCCCGGACCACGUACAGGCACCGAGACCGGAGAGACGGGAUGCACCGGUCCCAAAGUCAAAGGCCCAGCUCCGCCGAUUCCCACCCAGGUUCAACCCUACACUGCGGCUCCCGGAUCCGCUGCUGCCAGAUCCAAAAUGGAGAAGGUGUCAAGCAGUUACCGCGGGGCCAAGGAGCAGAGAGCACACCUAGAAGUCCUGGAAGAGAAUCCCAUGUCGCCCACGUCUAACGCGGCCCCGCUGUGCUCCAGCAGGUCUCGCCCGAUGUCUCCGGGGGAUAAAGCCAGCUUCGUCACCCAGCUCACGAGUGUGGCCAAAACAGUGCUCGGGCCCAUGAAAGGGGGGCCGCAAGAGGGGGCCCGGGUAAAAGACUCGUCCAAAUCAAGUGAGGAGAAGCGAGGAAGCACGGCAGGAAAGCCCGAGGCUUCGUCUGGGGGGGGCCGCCGGGGGGCUCCGACGGCCCCCCCGGGAGCGAGCGCUGCCGCCGUCCUGUCCGAUAAAGGAAACAUCCGGAGCUCCAAACACUCCUGAUUCAGAAAAGAGUCGGACUCUCUCCCAUGUAAUGCCUUUUACUGUAGCAUCACACUGACAUAUCAGCAAUCCACAUGACUGUGAAUGGAGAGGAGACGUAAACGCCUGAUCACAUGACACCAAAUAGAUGACGUGGGACAUGUAGCAACACUGACUAUGUUUACCUGCACAUUAAUAUUCCAGUUUUUUAGCCCUUAUUGCCAAAAAGACAAGAUUCAGACUAAGCUGUUGACAUGGCUAAUGAAAGCAGAUAUUCCACUAAUACUCCCGUUUAAAUGCCGCCCAGAUAACUCCUUUGGUAGAGCGGGCGUCCAUAUAUAGAGGUUUAGGUUGAAUCUCAGUUCUCUAUCUUACCCCAAACCCUUACCCUAGGUUUUGCACGUUCACGCGAGACUAAGGGCUGUCCCAGUACUCUUUGAUCGAGGGGGUAGGGGUGA